AUGGACGACUUCGACCCACGAGGCAGGCCUCCGCCACCGCCUUAUGCCGAUGCGCCGCCCGCCGCACAUGCUGCACAUGCACCCAACGACCUGCCCCCGCCGCCACCGCUAGGCGAGCAACUCCAUCCACGACCCGCACUCAAAAGAGAGGGCAGCCGUAGCAGACUGUCGCCGGACACACGUCCGCAAUUCCCUGACGAAGCUUCGUAUCUCGGCUCCAACGCACCCGACCUCGAAGCCAAAACACGACCCCGACACCAACAAUUUCGUGACAUGAGAGACGGUUAUGAGUCAGACGAAGGUGAAGCACACAGGAAAAUGAUGGAAGAUACUCGGCGCAGGCGUGAAGACGAUCCAAGACGAGGUCCACCACGAGGCGACCCAAGAGGUGAUCCAAGAGGCGACCCACGAGGAGAUCCAAGAGGCGAUCCAAGAGGCGAUCCACGAGGAGACCCAAGAGGAGACCCCAGAGGAGAUCCCAGAGGCCCUCCUCCUCGACGUCCCCCAAGAGAUCGAGAUUAUCCACCACCUGAGAGCCAGGUCUCCAGACGGAGAGGUGAUCCGAGAGAUGAUCCAUACGAUGAGCCACCGAGGAGGAAGCGGCGAGACGACUACGACGAUUACGGACCACCUCGCAGACGUGGUGGACCAGCGGGCGUAGAAUAUGGUUCAGAGCCUAUCCCAGCUCGCAGGCGUAGUGAGCGACGCCCAAGACGCGACUACGACGACUCUGACGAUGAGUACGAUCGCCGCGACGACCGUCGUGGACCGCCUCGAAGACGCCGAAGCUUCGAUGACCAUCGCCGACCACCGCCGUCAAGGUACGACGAUGAUUACCUCUCCGACCGCGACGCUCCCAGGCGACGCAGAGACAAGAGUAGACGCCGCUACGAUGAUGACUCCGAUGAUUACGACCGACGUGACCGACGGGACAGGGAUCGACGAGGGAACGAUGGCAUACCCAAAGAGAUAAGCGACCGCCUGCCUGAGAAGAUUCGACCGAUAGUCGAGAAGGGCUCGAAGCACUACGCGAUGCUCGCACCAAUCGUCACGCCUCUUGUCCUGAACAUGGCAAAGAAGUACUUGAGCGGUGAGACUACGCAAUGCGCCAAAGAGCUCUCUGCGUCCAUCUUCAAGCACUGGACCCAGCUCAACGCCGUCAUCAAGCGCUUCGAAGGCACCAUCCAGAAGCGGUGGACGAAGAAGAAUUUCAAGCAGCGACGCGAGCUGCUCGUCAAAGCCUGGCCUAGAAUAUCCAACACCCACCGUCCCGACUUCGAGAACUUCCGCAAUCACAAGAAGCAAAUCUCCCGCUUCCGCACCUGCCACUCUGAAGCGUACCUAUGGCCGUACAUCAAUCUCGAAGACCUUCAGCUCAAGCUUCCACUCCUGCUCUUCCUCAACUCACGUGCUCGCAACCUGCCAGAGACGUUUCGACUGGCCGACAUCAAAGCCGCGCACCUCGGAGAUGGCUGGAUUCCUGAUCUCGACUUCGGCGACAUCACCUUGUGCAACAAGCGUGACAAAGAGGAGUUCUACAAAUACCACGAGGUGGACCGCCAAUGUAUGCUGUUUCAAAAGAAGCGCUCGCCGACGGGCUACGGUAAGGUCGUGGAUCGCACAGUGACGCGCAUCGCUGGAAGUCAUCUGAAGUACCUGGCUCGAUCAACCGAGGGUCUGCUGGUACUGGAAAUCCAGGAGGGCAUCUACCGCUUCCUCUACAACUGUGCCAAGCUAGUGCUACACGAUAUACCCUGCGACAUGUUCUUUCUCGCACCACACCAAGCGGAACCGGCCAUGCCGAGUGGCCUCAAGCCGAACGAGUGGCCAUCCCUCUCGAAUUACGCACUGGAAGCAUCCUACCGCGUACCGCAGAAGCUCAGCCUGGACCGACUCAAGAUGCUGGUGAGCGCACGUCGUUCAAUGGCUGAAGACCACGUCUGGAUGCUGCGCGAAGACCCCGCAUACUUCAUGGACAAUUUACGCGAAUGGAACGAGCAUUCCGAUCAGAAGAAGUUCAAAGUUGACUGCGCAUGUCUCGCCUGUUGGACCCGCAUUUGCGGCCAUAUGAUUGUCCAUGCAUUCGUCUCUCUUGUGUGCUGGGGAGAUAUCAACGACAAGCUACAUGCUAUGCCUUCGAUUGAAGUUCAAAUCAAACGCGCCAAUGAGCGCAGAUUGCGGCUGUCGCACGCGGACGAAGAUCGAUGGUCGGCUCUUUACGAAGUCAUCUCCAACGUGAAAGACUAUUCACUGUUCUUCCUCGCCAUAGGCUUACCGGUCAGCCCGCGUCUGCGCCACCGCUAUCGCUGGGCUGGAACAGACGAGCAUGGGGAGUGGCAGAUGAUGCCGGGUGCUUCUGAAGCUGAGCGCCGAGUUGAUCAGCUGUUCACUUCUAUCAAGACGCCAGACGUGCAUGGUCUGCAUGGUGUGGUCCAAGAGUUUCAGUACAUGCUCGAGACCGAUUCGGAGGCUAGUCAUUUGAUAGACCACUGGGUCUUGGAGCAGUUCUCUGAUUGUGCGUUGUUGUCGGAGGUUACCCAGUCCAUCGAUGGCCUAGCCCCAUGGUUUGACAUAAACAAGGCCCAAAUGCUCCAAAGCGUACUCUCAGUCUCGAACCAAGUGGAAGAGGUUCGAUUUCUAACACAUAAGCUGAUGGAUGGCAUCAAGGGUGUGUGCAAGACGUCAGAGCUCCUUUGGAAUCCACUCAAGAAGCAAGAAUUCGACUAUCCUGUCGACAAGCGCUACAACAAGGCAAAUGUGGAUCAAAUGAUCAAGGCGGAGCAGAACCUCGACAUGUUCUGGUGGUCCCUGGAGGUUGCUCUGACUGACUACAACGGCAUCGACCUGAACGAGAUCCUGGAAGAACAGACCUCACCUCCGCGUGAGCUGCACAGAACGCCGGCAUACAAGGAGCCAAUCCAGCUGCCUACACCACAGGCUACGCCGCAAAAGCCUCUCGCCGACAUCGAUCCAAAUCUUCUGAACUCUUCGGAGAGAUUGACGCCAUCCCCUAAAGGUGUCCUCGCAACGCCCACUAAGGAAAAGGUGAAGACACGCGGUAAGCCCGCUGCUCCAGAUCCUCGUCGCCAGCCUCCGCCCACCGAAGCGAACAACAACGUCGCCGAGCCACCUAUUGAGAGAGUCAAGAUCCCCAAGAAGGCUUUCAAAGUGUUCCAAGCACUUAUGCCAUCAGCCAAGCAAGUCGUGCAACAACGCUGCGAGAUUGCUUGGGAGGAGCUGCUCUGGGCGAUGGAUGCGGUCGGCCUAGAGCCAGAGAAGCUCUACGGCAGCGUGUGGAUCUUCAAGCCCUUGCCCAAGGCUGAGCAAGGACCCGGCAAGGUCAAGCUCGAUCGAAGCAUUCAGUUUCACGAGCCGAAGGAGGUGAGGAGAGGUGCGAAGAUUCCGAGGCCGAUGGUUAGGACGCUGGGUGCGAGGUUGAAGCAUGCUUUUGGCUGGACUGAUGCGGAUGAGGUCUUUGAAUGCGAGUGA